CUCAGGGCCCCACAGGCUGGGCGGGUGCUCCACGGCUGAGCCCCAGCCCCACACUGGGUUUUCUUAUCAUAUAUAAUCCCAGCCUCCUGGGUUUAUGUCUGGAAUGAGUGUCGAGACCAAACAUUAAUUGUGCGCCCUCUGCAUGCCAAGCCUGCUCUGGGCAUUUAUUAGUUUAGCGAUUCCUUUUAAGGAUCUAUGAAGUUGCUACUGUCACUUCUGUUUUAGCCCCAGGAAAAGGGGCGAAUCCAGGGUAAGGACCCGGGACGGCAUAGCCGAGGAGUAGCGGAGGCAGGACCGGGGCCAGGAACCCCUGGCUCUGAGUGGGCUCUCACCCACUGUCCCCAGGACGCAGCGUACUGCGGGGACCUGCUGGGCGCCAGGGCUCGGGCCACCACCCUUCCACAGAGUCGGGAGCUCGGGCUGCUCCCACCGCCCAGCUGUCCAGGCCACUCCUGCGGCCCUGCCCUGGCCCUGCUGCCUGGUCCCACCCUCCCUCUGCCAACAGAGUCUGGGCAGGGUUUUAUGGGCUCUGAUAAGGCCCCGGUGAGGCCGAAGUCUACAAGCACUUCCUCUUUGUGCCCGGGCAGGUGGGGACGAGUGUCCACCAGGAAAGCCAGUGUGUGCUCAGGGAUCCCUGGGAGAAGGACCUCGUGGCCCUCCCUGCCUGCCACUCCCUUUGCCUCUGCUAUAAGGGCCACCCACUGCCUGCCACCUGCCACUUUCUCUCUCCUCUAGCUCCUCUCUAGCACAAGCCACCAGCGCAGCCUCUGAAGAUGGCCUUUGUCCCUGCACCCGGCUACCAGCCCACCUACAACCCGACUCUGCCCUACAACCAGCCCAUCCCCGGCGGCCUCAGCAUCGGAAUGUCCAUCUACAUCCAAGGAGUGGCCGAUGAGAAGAUGAAGCGGUUCCAGGUGAACUUUGCUGUGGGGCAGGACCCGGGGGCGGACAUCGCCUUCCACUUCAAUCCCCGCUUCGAUGGCUGGGACAAGGUGGUCUUCAACUCACAGCAGGGUGGCCGCUGGGGCAACGAGGAGAGGAAGAGGAGCAUGCCCUUCAGCAAGGGGGCCCCCUUUGAGCUGGUGUUCAUGAUCAUGGCGGAACACUACAAGGUGGUGGUCAAUGGAAACCCCUUCUACGAAUUUGGACACCGGCUGCCCCUGCAGAUGGUCACCCACCUGCAGGUGAAUGGCGACCUGCAUCUUCAGUCAAUCAACUUUCUCGGGGGCCAGUUCACCCCAAAUCAGGGACCCAUGGGCCUGCCACCUCACUAUGGUCCCGGGCCCAAUCAUCACCACCUGGGCAGCCUGCCUACCAUGAUGGGACCCCCUACCUUCAACCCGCCUGUGCCAUUCACAACGAAGCUGCAUGGGGGGCUGACGGCCCGGAGAACCAUCAUAAUCAAGGGCUACGUACUCCCCACGGCCAAGAGCUUUGCCAUUAACUUCAAGGUGGGGUCCUCGGGGGACCUGGCUCUGCACAUUAACCCCCGCAUGGGUGAGGGCGCCGUGGUCAGGAACACCUGUGUGAGAGGCUCCUGGGGCUCUGAGGAGAGGAAGAUCGCCCACAACCCGUUUGGCCCUGGCCAGUUCUUUGAUCUGUCCAUUCGCUGUGGCACGGAUCGCUUCAAGGUCUACAACAACGGCCAGCACCUCUUUGACUACUCCCACCGCCUCCCCGCCUUCCAGACAGUGGACACGCUGGAGAUCAACGGCGACGUCACCCUGUCCUAUGUUCAGGUCUGAUCUACUCUUGGCGAAACUCCUGGAAAGACAAAAGGAUUCCCCAGGACACCUUCCUAACCCCUAAUAAAAUCUCUGAGGGUG